UGGCGACUUCAUUAACCAACCAGCCACUGACUGCGUUAGUAACGCGGCUCGUUCGCUCUCUUCUCCUCUCUUGUCCUAUCUCUUCUCCUUUUCGUGAUCUUGCUUUAUUUCGGACUGCUUUCCCACGUUUCGUCCACUGGUGAUUCUCCGUUCGCCGUCCUGUGAGUUUCAGUUUUCUCGUGAGGAAGCGCCUGAUCUUGAAAAUUCGCAUUUGCAGUUAAACGGGGCAUCAGUCACGAUUUAAAAAAAAAAUAUGGGGGGAUUGAAGUGCUGCUUAUUACUCGCAGCGAUGACUCUGUCGUUGGUCAAAGCCGAUGAAGGAUGGAAACGACUGAUGGACUUCAAUACAGCCCAGGAGCAUCGAUCUGCUCAGUGGGCCAGGAGUAGCAAUCAUGCCGGUGGCAAUCGAGUGCCUUUUGCUCCGGAAGACAUCGCAAUGCCGCCACCAUGGCUCCUGCCCAAUCAACAGCCUCAAGUGGCUUUCCCCGUUGCCCAGGCACAAGUAAGAAGCUUCUUCGACGAAGAAGUGGUAGAAUGGCCGCCCCGAUCAGCUAAAAAAUCGAGCCAGACGCAAUACGUACCGGAACCGUCGCAGCAUCCGCAACCGCCGCCGCAGAUCAUUCACACGACACUUCAGCCGCCUAGACGACAGUGGACGGAAACGUCUAUUCGUCCAGUACAGCACAUUCGAUUUGAAGCUGAUCGUCAAUCAACGUCCCAGCGACCCCAAGCGGAGAAGAAAGCGGCCCCUGCUGUUAAACAGCGCGAUCCAGCAGCUGUCACUCAGCAUGUUGUCGACCUGAAAAAAAUUCCGCCACCGGUGGUUGCUGUCGAUCUCAAAGAGCCGUACCGUGCAGUUGGUGAACCGAAGCCGGAGCCACAUCAACGUCAGAACAAACAGCAACAAACGGCCAGUAGAAAAUCCGCUAUUUCUUAUGACUCAAGUGAAUACGAUUACGAAGAAGAUGCAACUGCCGUUGCCGCCGGUCAUCAAGACAAACAAAUCAUCCACUCCAAAAUGGACGAAUCGGAAGGAGAUCAGAGUUUCUACGACGAGUCGUCGUCUUUGACAGCCGUGGAUGCCACGAUGUCUGUCGGCGGAGGUCAGGACGAUUUCUACGCGAAAGCUGCGCCUCCGCCGCAACGUCGCCAGCAGUUCGUCCAGCAGUUCCAUCAACCUGAAUCGCGUCGUCAGCCACAGGUGGCCAGCACCGAAGAGACGGAUGUGGAACAGCACCAAGCGUUUGAUUAUGGUAAAACGAUUUUCCGCACGCAAGUUGGUUCGGGCCAAGCCAGCCGGCAACAUCCGCACACGGUCGAAUACGAGCAGGUCCAACAGCGGGAAAACGGAAGGCCGUCGACUUACGUUGACGAAACAGCGGAGACGCAACGACACCAGCCAGCCAAAGCGAAACAAGGCCAGCCAGGUGUGCGGAAGCAGCAGCUAGCCGGCCAUAGACAGCAGCAGCAGCCAUUAGAGCGGAACACAUCGCCAACAGAAGCGCCCGUUUUCGAAGCCGAACGACCUAGUUUCUUUUCGACAAACCUGCAGGCCUCGCCCAACCAGCGACAGUUCCAGGUCGGCCAGCAACACCAUCAGCGACAGCAGUUGGCGCCUCAACAACAAGCUGGUGAAUGGCCAGCACGCCAUCCGGCGCCGGAAUCGAAUCGGAAAACUAAACCGAGGACCCCUUACCGUCCCGAAGAGCAACAAUCAUCCGAGAAAUUCGUUAACGUGCCAAAAUACAAGCCCGGCAGCAAUCCGGCCGUUGCGCCAGUGCAACGAUAUCAGGAGGAGCCGGAAGAGUUCCAGCGUGAUCAUCAGUCUGAUCCGUAUCACCAUCAGCAACAAGCCUACAGGCCGGAAGAAGAUGGUACGAAUUACGGUCAACCCGAAGAACAUCACAGGCCGGAAGAAAAUCAUAGACCGGAAGAACAUUACAGACCGAAAGAUCAUCACCGACCGAAGGAACAACACCAUCAACCGAUCUACGACAAUCAAGAAGUUCAGCACGGCAAAAAGAAUCACGUGCGUCAACGUCGUCCUCCCAUCGAGUCCCGGCCUGCCCCGGAAUCUGAGCCGACCCAGAGCAAUCCUUGGCAAACACAGCAAAGCCAAGCGGAAGCCAAUGCCUACGAUCCUUAUGAAGAACAAAGACAAGAGCCUCACAGAGAACAGCAUCACGAAUCAGAACAACAGCACGAACAGCAUCAACCACAGGCACAUCAGCCGGAAGAACCCCCGUCGGUUGCGCCCAUUCCGGGACGGCGGCCACCUGGCGGUCGACCCUCGUUCCAAUCCGAGGAACAGUUCAAUGGAUCUGACAAUGAUGGAAAAGGAAAUAGCGACACUGAUUUCGAGGAUUCGCCACCUUUCGUCGCACCUGCACAUAAAAGACCUCAACAUCCUUCGGCCAACAGGCCGCGACCUCAUCGCCCUCUGCCUCCGCCCCAACGACCCAGGGAUGCGUCAAUCGUCACCCAGGGCCUCAACACAUUGAAGAGUCUCGUCGGACUUCAGUCAACGCAACAACGGCUCAGGCCACAUCAUUCUGACGCACGUCGGCCUGAAAGGCAUCGACAACGACCUGGCGGAAGGAGGCCACCCCACCAUCCGGCCGGAAAUUCUUUUGAUAACGGAGGAGAAAUAGGCCGAGUGGACCAAUUGGAUGUCGGCGGGGAUGAAUUCGAUGCCACUGAUUUGAGCAACGCGCCAGUUCAAGCCCGUCACAACGUUCAACCAAUCAAAGAAGAGCCCAUGGAACAUCGCAGCGAUCCCGAUGAUGAAAUUCACGAUUUCCUUCCACCCGUUAUGUCGUCGACGGAGAGUUCCGUGCGCAUCACAGCGCCACCUGCCCGUGUGACCGAAGCACCUGAGCUACCUGUUCCAGUAUCUAGCACGGCAACGCCGGAAGAACCUAAGAGUACACUUUUCCCUCCGUUCAACAAGCGUGUCCGUCCUCAGCCGCCAUCACCUGCUCAGACGGAGAGUAAAACUAAUGCGGGCAAAGAUAGUUCGGCCGGUCAGUUGAGGAUCACUUCGUACAAGCAGCGCAUCGAAGCCAUGAAGGAGCGGGCCAAACUUCGAGAACAACUAGCCCAAUCGAAAAAAGAUAGUGAAUCGACUGCCGAUAUUUUAGCGGAGCCAGUCGUUCCAGUUUCAGUGGCCAGCACGUCAACAACGACGGCUAGACCAUCAACAACACGGGCUAAAAUACCACCGAGGAUGCCUGUUAGGAGGCCUGUCACUGCCUCCCCUUCAACGUCUACCAGCAGCACGACCGAGAGUGUUCCAGUAUCGGUAGAGAAGAGCCAAGACACGAAAGAAUCGAGUUACGAGCAGUACAAAAGACGUUUCAAACCAAAGGCUUCGUCCAAUCGACCGGUCAAAGAAGAAGAGCCGGCUGCCCCACCAGCUGAGGUAGCCCCUGCUGAUGUCCAGGAAGAGGAGCCUUCUGGCCGGAAGAAUCUCUUCGGCAAGAUGCCCGGCAGUCCUUUCGUUCGAAGAAGGAUGCAGCAGAAGCAGCAACGAGAAGAGGAAGAACGGCUUUUAGCCGAAGAGAGUCCCAAACCUGUUGUUAAAGAGGAGGUGGUCGAGAUGCCCAGUGUUCCACCUCGACCUAACAAGAGAAUAAGACCCGGACAAUUUGCUCGUACCACAACAGUGGCACCGAUCAUCGAACCGUCAUUGGAUGAUGAUGAAGAGUCUGGUUCAGUCCUGGCAUCACCUGACCAGUGGCCACCCACUUCGGGGCCACAGAUUUCCAUCAAAACAGAGACUUCCAGCAUGCCAAAAGCUGAGGAAGAGGAGGAAUCCGCAAAGAUUGAGCUUGUCAGCGUAGCUUCCGUCGAGGCAGAUAAAGACAUCGAGAAUCCCAAAGCGCAGCCGAUUGAGGAGGAACAGGAUUACCCAACACAUCAGCAACAAAGUUAUGCAUUCGAAUCAGCCGGUCAGCCUUUCCUGGACAAGCCGGACUUGUCCAGUGAACGUGUAGAUAGCAACGUCGAAGAGAAAGAAGAUAAGGAACCCGUCCCGGUUCAAGAGAAGCCGCGUCAUUCGUUCUUCACCAUGGCAACGAACGAUCCCAUUUUGCCUAUUGAAGAGUUGCUCAACAUCCGCGUGAGGGACAAUGGCAAAGACAUGUGAUCACUGAACGAUUGAAAUUUGCGCACGUAUCGCACACAAACAAAACAACAACCAAAAAUGGACGGUCCGUUUUGUGUGUGUGUGUGUUUCCAACUCCUUCGUUCCAGCUGGCUCCAGCCUAUUCCGCUUGUCCACUACCUGCGACCUUAAACUCUUUCCUGGCCAAUCAGCAAUGCUCCCCCCUUUUUUGUUUGUUUUCCGUAUUACGCAUCGGUUUGUUCUCCAGCAACAAACUUGAAUUUCUUUGUUCUAUUAUUGGUUGAUGUCUUUUGUAAAUAAAACACACUUGAUUAUGCUCUAUUUUGUGAAUCGGUUUCACACCACACACACAAAGAAAACAACAACAACAAAAAACAUUUCUGCUUGUUUGUGUGUCUUUCUUUUUUUUUAUCCUGUUCUUUUUUUGUGUGUGUGUGUGUGUGUACCAUUUGUGUCAAUUGUAACGAAACAACAGGUUAUGUUCUGGGUGA